AUUACAUUAAAGAAGUUAAACAAUCAUGUCCGAAGUAAGUGCUCACAAGUACUCCAAAGACCGUAAAGUUGGUGAAGGUACUUACGCUGUGGUAUACUUGGGUAAACAGCUCAGUACAAACCGUCGAAUUGCCAUCAAAGAAAUCAAAACUGGAAUCUUUAAAGAUGGACUUGAUAUGUCUGCGUUACGUGAAGUCAAAUAUCUUCAAGAACUCAAACAUGCAAACGUCAUUGAGCUUGUUGAUGUAUUUCUGGCAACAAAUAACUUAAACUUGGUGUUGGAAUUCUUACCCUGUGACUUGGAAAUGCUUAUCAAAAAUAGAUCAGUGGUGUUUAAACCAAGUGAUGUAAAGGCUUGGCUCCUCAUGACCUUGCGUGGUAUUCAUCAUUGUCACAGAAACUUCAUAUUGCAUCGAGAUUUGAAACCUAAUAAUUUGUUAUUGGCUCCUGAUGGUGAGCUCAAAAUUGCCGAUUUUGGGUUGGCAAGAUCUUUAGGAAACGCAAAUGAAGAUUUAUCUUCCAAUGUGGUUACUAGAUGGUAUAGAUCUCCUGAAUUGUUAUUUGGUGCAAAGCAUUAUACGGGUGCAGUAGACAUAUGGUCUAUUGGUAUAAUUUUCGCAGAACUUAUGAUGAGAACUCCAUAUCUUCCAGGUAGAGAUGAUAUUGAUCAAUUGGACGUUACUUUCAGGGCUUUAGGAACUCCUACAGAACAAAUGUGGCCCAAUGUGUCCAACUUACCUUUAUACAACGCACUUAAAGUGUAUCCUCCGCCAUCUAGACAAGAGUUAAGGAACAGAUUCAGUGCAGCUACAGAAUCAGCCUUAAACUUACUCAUUGCCUUAACAAAAUUAGAUCCAGGAAGUAGAUUUACCCUGACCCAGGCAUUACAACACGAAUACUUUGUAGAAUUCCCACCCCCAAGUAAUCCAAAGGAUUUGCCGAAUAAUGAAGAGCCUGUUGAAGCUGAUCUGCUGGAACCAGAUGCUAAGAGAAGGAAAAUAUAGAGAAUAUAAAAUCAUGUACAAUAGCAACGGAAUAUAAUUCUUCCCAGAAUUGGGGAGGGCUUAAUAAUUUACA